AUGUUGGAUGGACUACUCGGCAAAACCUUCGCCGCUAAAUGUAAACCGUUACUAAAAUUAACCAAGAAUCGGAUUGAAGUCAUAAGAAGGAAGCGAAGAGCUACAGAGAAGUUUCUCAAGAAAGAUGUCGCUGAUCUUUUACACAGCGGUUUGGAUAUCAAUGCCUACGGAAGAGCGGAAGGACUCUUGGUUGAGUUGAUGCUGUCAUCUUGUUAUGGUUUUGUGGAGAAAUCGUGUGAGCUUCUGUUGAAGCAUCUAUCAGUCAUGCAGAAGAUUAGUGGCUGCCCUGAGGAAUGUAGGGUGGCAGUAUCAUCUUUGAUGUUUGCAGCUGCAAGAUUUUCCGAUUUACCAGAGUUACGUGACCUUAGGCAAAUAUUUCAGGAGAGAUAUGGGAGUUCCAUUGAGUGUUUUGUCAAUAAAGAGUUUGCUGCAAAUUUGAACUCAAAAUCUUCUACAUUGGAGAAGAAGGUCUGCUUGAUGCAUGAAAUUGUAUCAGAGUUUUCAAUAAACUGGGACUCCAAGUCUUUCGAGUUAAGAAUGUCAAAACCAUCUGCAUUUGCACAGGAUCGGAGUGCUAUUUUAUGUAACAAUUUGUGUGAUUAUGAGAAAUCAUCAUUCAGCAAGGAUUUUAACCAGAAAGAUGUAACAAAUGAUGUUAUGUUGGAGAAUCACAAGGAAGAUGGUAUCCCAAAUAUAGAUUGUCAUGAUCUUCAGCAUCAAUCCACUGUCCUUGGAAAUGGAUUCAAGCCACUAAAUGGUCGUGAAGUUCUUGGGCAAAAGGAUGGCCAUGAUAAUUAUUUAACAGGAACGGAAGGGGUUACUGCUACAAAGACUGAUAGAAGCUAUCGGAAGGAGGGUAGUAUGCUAAAACAAAUUGGACGUUCAUUUCUGGAGAAAAAAUUGGAACAAUUUGAAGAUGGUUCCAAGCUGCAUGACAGUUUGGGGAAUACGACUCCAAAAAAAAGCCAGGACACUACAACUUCUACUCGAGUAGGCUCACGUUUCAAGAGUAAUGCGAAGCAACCGCGUGCUGAAAUACCUAUGCACAAAUUUGAGAGAAAAGUUCAAUAUGAUGAAAUGCCUAUGCCAAAGCCUUGCUUUAGUAAUGUCAUUCCACCUCCAUAUGUUAAACAUAAUUCUAAGCAUCAGAACACAACACGUGGAGUCAAUAUUGUAUCUUCACAUGCUGAUAGUGACGGUUUCUUUACAUGUCCUUCGGUUCAUGAAAACUCUGAUGCUGCUUCCAUGUCAGGAAGGAUCCAAAUUGGUUCGAAUGAAUCUGACCUUAAUUGGAAGGCAAGUAGACACACAAGACUGAGCAAACAGAGUCCUAAAAAUGAAUACUAUUUUCCUGAAGAUGCUAAAGAAAUCCUUAUGGUAAAACCAAAAUCUACAAGGAGGAAGCACUCAAGAUCACGAUCUAGUCACUAUGAUGCCCCUAAUGUAGAUACUGAACUUGUGAGAAAAGCAAGGAGCAGAAGCAAGAGACGAGGUGAAUCAAGACGUGGUCAGCGAAAUUUGUUUGAGGAUGAGCGGCAUCAAAAGGCUGAAGAGGAAAGAAAUGGAAGUGGAGAUGGAUCUGAUAAGACACCAGAGAUUGUUACUCUUGCCCUACGAUCAGUUUCUCUUCCCCGUGAACAAACUAGAGUAGUAGAAGCUAAGAAAGAGUUUGUUCGUGCUGCCUCUUUUCAGCCAAAUAUGUUGCAUGACGUUCGGCAUGUGCAUCCCAAGCUACCUGAUUAUGAUGAUUUAGCAACUAGGCUUGCUUCCUUGAGAGGAUCAUAA